AUGAGCUCAACACAAGUCUUAAACGGACAACUGUCUUCCGCGACGGGGACAAAUUUACCUGUCUCGCUUCAAAUAGGAGAUUAUAAAGUUUGGGACUACUUAGUAGAGGUAGGCAUCUUUUGCUUGUUUGCGGAAAGAAGAGAAAUAUGGCUUUAUGUGAUGUCCCGAGGAUGGUCGGAUGCUGGUCAAUUCCGCCUAUCUCCCGCUUACUCGUUGUACUUAGCGUUGCGAUUCUUUCAUUCGCACUCGAAGCCUUACUUAGUGCAAUUUUUUACACGAAUUGCUCAUCAUAUGAAUCAGAUAUCACAGGAAUGUACGUCACGUGAUGAAUUGCUAUUCUGGUUGGCAAACGCUAGCGAGCUUUCAUUUCUGGUAGAUCGUGAUCCGGAUCUGAGAACACCAAGAAGUGGUCAACUUGGAACUGUAGUGGAAACAGUUUUUCGUCGUCUAUGUACAGUACUUCUGGGUGCCCUUCGGCCAUCAUGCAAACCUAUGCUCGACGUGAACAUACCAAUUGAAGAUGGAAGUAAACGCCCUUUCUUAUUUGUACUUCUCCUUUAUCUUGACAUCUUCUUUCCAGAUGAACUGCUCACUCUUCUGGAUGGAACUCUUAGAGCAGCGCGAGCAUCUCGUCUGAACGCUGCGCUGACGAUCCAGUUGUGUAGUCAUGUUCUUCAUGCCAUUAACGCAACCUUGUUUAAUGCUUUAGUUGGGCUAGCGUCCAAUGUGAGUGUUGUAUUCAGAAGCUAA